UCGUGUAACGACAACGAUAGAAGACGCACGUUAACUAUCGUUUACUUUUGUAACUUUUGAUAUUAUUUGUGACUAGUGUACUAUUUAUAUUAUCUACAAUACAAUUAAUAAUCCAUAAAAAAUGGGCGGGUUUGCUUGGGUAACGAUGGUUACCAAUGACUCGUACUCUCUUGGAGCUCUCGUUUUAGCGCAUUCAUUAAAACGAGCGGGAACAAAACAUGAUCUUGCUGUUCUUAUCACUCCGGGUGUUACAGGCGCUAUGAGGGAAAAAUUGUCAUCAGUUUUUACAUUAGUUCAAGAAGUAAAUGUUCUUGAUUCUCGAGAUGAAUCAAAUCUCGCAUUGCUAGCAAGACCGGAAUUAGGAAUAACAUUUACAAAAUUACAUUGCUGGAGAUUGACACAGUACGAAAAAUGUGUCUUUGUUGAUGCUGAUACUCUUGUAAUUCGUAACUGUGAUGAACUUUUUGAACGCGAAGAAUUAUCGGCAGCGCCAGAUGUAGGCUGGCCUGAUUGUUUCAAUUCCGGUGUUUUUGUAUUCAAACCAUCGCAACAAACAUUUGCAUCAUUAACAGCAUUCGCAGCUUCAAAGGGUUCGUUUGAUGGCGGUGACCAGGGUCUAUUAAAUCUUUACUUCAGCGAUUGGGCUCAUAAAGAUAUUUCUAAACAUUUACCUUUUAUCUACAACAUGUGCUCAACUGCUACUUAUUCUUAUCUUCCAGCAUACAAACAAUUUGGAGAAGAAGUGAGAAUUAUUCAUUUCAUCGGAAGUACAAAACCAUGGUUACAAUAUUUCGACACCCAAACUGGAAUAGUUCAUCCGUCACCGGAUUCAAAUCAUGUUCAAUCUCUUCUUCAGCAUUGGUGGAAUAUUUUUUGCCGUGAUGUCCACUCCCAAUUAUCUCCAGCCAUGCUAAGCAAAGAACACAGGGAUCCGCAUUUUAGCGAGAUCACCAGCACUUUGGCACGUCGUGAGCACAAUUUAUUUGUUACAAUUUCUUCUACACCAUCUAGAAAUACAGUUUCUUCAAGAUCAAAUCGUCAUGUUUGUCAUACACCGACAGACUUUACGUACGACAAAGCUGACAGUGUAUCAAAUAAUUAUUUGACUGAAUUCAAAGAUCCAUGGGAUCAUUAUGUAGAAGCAACUAAUGCUACUAAUAAUGACAAUAAUAAUAAUGAACAUAAUAAUGAACACUAUAAUGAACAUAAUCAGCCUGAAAUUCCAUUCAAAAAUAAUGACAUUACAUUUGAUCAUCGAGAUACAGAGCAUAGAUUACAUGAUACAAUAAACGUAACCAAUAAUUAUAAUGAUCAAAAAAGCGAUAGUAAUUUUGACACGACUGACAAUAAUAGGGGAUUUAUAAAUUACCAAUUUCUAACUAAAAAUAUGAAUAGUAAUUUUGAUGCAAAUAUUGCAAAUUUACAGAAAAUAAAUGAAUUUACAAUUGAAAAUAAUUUACAAGCACGAUUAGAGUUUAAUAAUACAUAUAAUUAUAAUAAUUCCCCGGAAAAUACAGAAUCUAAAGUUGGAAAAAAUAUCGACGACUCAAAUAAUGUAAGAAAAAUUAAUAAUAAUUUUCCAACUGACGGCAGACUGAAUUUAAAUCAUAAAAAACAUGAUGACUAUCACGAUCAUGCUGCUUUUAAAAGCAAUAAAAAUAAUGUAGACAGUAAAUCCUUUCCCGAAUCCUACACAGAAUUUAAAAGUAUUUCAAAUGAGUCUGAAAUACAUGGCACUGGGCAAGUUGAAGCCAACCGUGCUGGUAUUGCUGGAGCGUUGUCUAAAAUAACUCUAGGUGAAGCCAGGAGUCCAGAACAAGUGGCUUUCGAAGAACAUAUGAGGAAACAGAGCUGGGAAGAAGGGCAAAUCGACUAUAUGGGACGUGACAGUUUUGAUAAUAUUUGGAAAAAAAUAUGUUCAACUGUUUUUAUUGUGCCGGAAACUGAAAAACCCAAACCAAAAGAAAAGGUCGAAGAAGAAGUAAAAGAAAAGUCUAAAGCAUCUCCAUCAGUUGCUACAAAAACUCCAGAAACGGAAAACACACCGGCAAAAGAAAUUAAACAAGGUGUAGCGUCGGAAUACCAUCUAAGAAUAAGCCCUGAAGAAAAUAAAAAUGCAAACGACUUAACCGAAAAAGAUAUCCGAGAAAAAUCAUCAAAUGUUGUCUUAUCCAUUAUUUCUGCACCUCCACAACUGUGUAUCAAAGAAUCUGGGGAAGAGGUUUCAAAAAAAGAAUUAACAUCUACACCAGAAACAUCCAAACAAGAAGAAAAACCCACAAUCCCAUCAGGAUUUACAAGAGCGUCAGAUGAUCCAACUUGUAAAGAUGAAUCUACGGAAUCGAAAUUAGAUACUUCUUUAAAAGAAUCAUGUGCUAGAACAAUUCCCGAAAGUCCUGUUCCGAUUCAAGUUGCAGAGUCAGUUUUAGAGGCUGAUAUUAAAGAAUCUGUUUCUGAGGAUAUUAAACCAGUAACUGAAGAAGCUAUAUCGUCUAUUUCAGCACCAAUUCAAGAAUCUAUUUCAACUGUCGUUCAGGCGCCACUUGAACCAUCCCCACCUGCACAAUCACCUUCUGUUGAAGAUUCACCAAUAAUGCAACCAAAUGGCAAUGCUUUAGACUUUGAUUUACGAACUAUCAAUAACAUACCUACUAGAUCAUCAGCACCAGUAUCUACACCAGCACUAACACCAGUACCAACAUCAGUACCAACACCAGUACCAACACCAGUACCAACAUCAGUACCAACACCAGUAUCUGUACCUACACCUAUAUCUACACCAUUGUCAUCAACAGGCUUUUCAUCUCAAUCGGUACCAAUUCCCACAGCAGAAUUAACACCUGCAGUAUCAGCAAGUAAAGAAAUUUCAAAAACUGAAUUGGAAGAAGAAAAAAAAGUAAAAGAAACUGAAAGUAUUCAAGUUGGAACUUCAAGUUCUCAUGAGACUGAAGCUGCUGUAAAAUCAGAUAGCUGCCAACUUACUUCUAAAACGAUAUCCGAAUCAAAAAGUGAUACAACCCUUAAAACUACUGAAGACAAUGUACCUGAAGAAGUGCCUAAAACUUCAGAAGAAGUUAAACCUGAAUCUAAAAUAAAACCAGUAGUAUCUAGAGAUAAAACUGAAUUACUUUCAGAAGCUAAAGAAACUGAACCCACUGUGCCUGAAAGAGUUGAAGAAAUAAUUACUGGAAAAGAAGAAACUGUGGCUGCAUCGAAAGAUGAACAAGUGGCUGAAUCAUCUAAAGUAUCAGAAAAAUCUCAACCGAAGGAAUUAAUAAUUCCGGGUACUCCAACAGUAAUUGAAGCAACUCCACCAACAAGUCCACCUCUUGAUGUGACUGCAAGUUUAUCAGAAGCUAUCAAAGUUGAAAAACCAGAAAAAGAAAAGGCGGAGAAGAGUGAAAAGAAAGUUGUUAAAAAAAUAAUUAAAAAGAGUUCGGAAGAAAAAUCAGAAGGAGGUGAAACAGACGAUGGUAAAAAAGUUACGAAAAAAGUUGUAAAGAAGGUGGUUAAGAAAAUUAAAGAUCCGUCCGACGAUACAGCAGAAAGUGGCAGCAGUACUACUGGAGAUAAACCAAAGAAGGUUAUCAAAGUUGUUAAGAAGACGACUAAAUCAGUCCAAAGUUUAGAUCCUGAUACGUCUGUUCCUGAUACACCACCACCGGCUACUUCUCAGAUGCCUGUACCACCCAAGCGAAAACUUAAGCCUGCGACUACUAAAUCCUCCAAAAAAACAGAGCAAGAGCCACCGACUAAAUCAUAAAUUUGUUUAUAGAUUUUAUUCUAAGGUUUUUUUUUUUUUAAAUUUGUACUGUAAGAGUUUACGGAAUUAAUUUUUAUGGAGGAUUUUUUAACUAGUCAAUGGUUUAAUACUUACUAUUUAUGUUUGUUUUUUAAUGGAUAAUAAGAUAAUAAUAUUAAUGAUUAUUUAAAAUUUAGACUGACUUUUAUCAAGCAGAAAAAAAUUUAUAUCGUGUAAUAUUUAAGAUUGUUUACUUUUAUUUUCUUCACAUACUCGCGCUCUUCCAUAAACACACUAUUUUUUUUAACACUAAUCAUUAAUUGUUUUGUAACGGAGUUGAAGUCAAAUAAAUUUUGGAAAUUUAGUAUUUAAUGAUUAAUAGUUGCACUCAUUGAAGUAUCAUAAAUAUUUUUUUAAAUAUUUAGAUAUGGAUUUAAUACUUCGUCUUUUAAUUAUUUAUUUAUUACACGUGUAUACCAUUAAUCAAUUAAUUAAUUGCGUCUUAUUGACGAAUUAAUCGGUUAUCAUUUGACCAGUUGAAAUCUUUAUAAGGCGAAAUUUUAAAUCAGAGUAAUAAUGCUUAGAAAAUAAGUAUUUUUAAAAACAUUUUUUUGAUAAUAAUUACAUGAAAAAAAGAGUAGUGGAAAAAUUACAGUUUUUAGUGCAAAAACAAGGUUUUCGUAUAAGAAAUUCAAGUAUUAUAGUUUGCGCUGUAAUAAUUCCCGGGUCAAAACUAAAACUUGAUUCAGGUUUGUUUCACUUUAUUUUCUUUUCAAGUUAUCGAUUUGCCGACGAUUUUCCGAUAAGAUUUCGACUUUUUCGCCUUAUAAACCAAGGCGGAAAUUCGAUACAUUUCAUAUCUCCGUAAAAAAAAUUCGAGUUUGUCUUGUGAAAAACGUCUCUAAAUUUCGACUUAACAAAACUGUCUAAAUCAAGUUUUAUUUGUGACCUGGGUUGAGGCUACUUGUAGUAAAGUAAUUACAAUUAUUGAUACCAAAUUUUACAGUUUUUUAUAUAUUUUUAGUUGAAGGAAACUUAAAGAAAACCUGUUUGCUAUUCAAGAUUAAAAAAAGUCUUAUAUAAAAUUGUAAUAAUUACUGUGUCUCAGAAAUGGUAUAAUUUUCACAAUUUCGGAGUAGAGGGACUUUGCUGAUUUUGAAGCCGUAAUUUUCCCGCUAUUUUUUUCCGUGAUAUUUAUAUAAAUUAAUAUUUUGAAACAAAUAAUUAAAAUUACGUAAGAGAAACAGAAAAAAGAUCAUGAAAAUUUCAUAUAUAUUAUACAAUUUACUUUAACUCCUGCAUUAAUUUAAUAAUCGAUUUUUCAUUUAGCAUUUGCUUUGAAUUAUACAAUCAACUUUGAUAAUUGUGACUCGAUAUAUUUAUAAUUUAACCGCAAAUACAUAUGUAUUUUAAAUUAUAAUUAUUAAUUAUUUUUUAUUGAUCAUGUGUUUGUUUUUGUCAUACUUUUAAUUACUUAUUAACAGCCUAGUCUAUUUACAAUACGCACAUAA